AUAAAACAAGCAUAACUUUUAACCACAAGGAACUAAAAAGAGAAAACUCAUAUACUUCCACUUUAUCUUCUCAUCAUUUCUCCACCGUCAACCGACUUUCAACUUUCGGCACCGGCGAACGAUGGUACCGGACUCCGAACUCACCGAUCGGCUACAACAAAUCCUGACCACCGCCGAUUUAACCACCACCACAACCGCCAGCAUCCGUCGGCAACUAGAACACGAAUUCGGAAUCGAUUUAACUGACAAAAAGGCGUUUAUUCGCGAACAAAUCGAUGUCUAUAUUCAAAAUCAGCAACCGAACGAGAACGAAGACGAUAACGAAGAGGAAGAACCAGAGGAAGUUGAAGAAGAUGAGGUUGAAGAAGACAGCAAUGGCAAGAGCGGCAGUAGCAGAAAGUUAGGGUCAAAAAAAGGGAACAAAGAGGUGAAGAAAAAAGGGGGUGGUUUUACCAAGUUAUGUACUCUUUCUCCCCAACUUCAAAAGUUUACAGGGGUGCCUGAAUUAGCUAGAACAGAGGUUGUUAAACAACUUUGGAGUUACAUUCGAGAGCACGAUCUGCAAGAUCCAGCCAAUAGGAGGAACAUACGCUGUGAUGGACUGUUACAGGAACUUUUUGGUGUGGAUACUAUAGACAUGUUCCAAAUGAAUAAGGCUCUUGCAAAGCAUAUAUGGCCGUUAAAUUCUGAUGGCGCUCCUGUAAGUGCAGAACCGAAGGAAAAAAAGCCAAAGAAGGAAAGAGAAGCAGAUUCAGAUGAGCCAAAAAGAAAGGAGAAGCGACAGAAGGGUAGUGGCGGUGGUUCUGGUAUUAUGGCUCCGAUUCCGCUUUCAGUAGCUCUAGUGAAAUUUCUUGGAACAGGUGAAAAUGCAUUGGCACGUUCAGACGUUGUGAAGAGAAUUUGGGACUACAUUAAACAAAACAACCUUCAGGAUCCCUCGGACAAAAGAAGAAUUCUAUGCGAUGACAAGCUGAAAGAGCUCUUUGAUGUGGACACAUUUAAUGGAUUUACUGUUUCAAAGCUUUUAUCAACUCAUUUCAUUAAGGCUGAAAGGUGAGUCCUGCACUCAUGCUAGUUAAGAGCAUGAAAUUUUGCUUUAAUUAUUCAUCUCUAACCAACUGGCCCUGUUGUAACCCUAGUGACAUGUAUGAUGUAUCUGUUGUUGCAAUGAAAAAUGUAGAAAACAAAAGGUGAUUACUGAAAACCGAAUGUACCUUGCAGUUUUUUGUAGUAAUAUGCACUUAUGAUCAUCCUCGUUUGGUA